AUGAGCGCGGCACGGGGAGUUAAACGGAGCCGCGGCGAGGGCGGGUGCAUUUUGUCAUCGGUUGCGGUGGGGUCUCCGCUGCUGCGCUGCCCGUGGUGCGCGGAUGGAUUUUUGGUGUGUGCGGAGAGAGGGGAUGGUGCGAAUAUGGCCCAUGGAGGGGAAACCGAUGGUUUUCUGUGCUCAAAUGGCGCGGCAUGCCCACACAACGAGGUGUUGGUGCAAGAUGGCACCAUGGCCUUCUCUGGCAUUAGCGGACGCGCGCUGCUUCGCCGCUUUUUUGCGACACUGGAUGCCCACAUGCAAAAUUGCAAAAGAGCAGGCAAAGAGUCCACCCACGGCGAUAACCGUCAGGUGUGGAGUAUUGUGGCGGAACGGAGUCCAUUAUUUGCUGCUGCGCCAUCGCCCGACUGCCGGUCGUUGCGUGGGUAUUUGGCGCCUGUCUUUUAUUUCUUGGUUUGCGAGGACUGCAAUGUGAGGGAAUUUGCUGGGUGA